AUGGUCUUCACGAUCAACUCGGGAAACUUGAAGCCAGAGUCCCAGAACCAUGGAGGACCGGAUGGGGUCAAAGUUGAUCAGCUGGACACCGCUGUACACAUGGGACAGGAGCCGUGUAUAGUGGUUGGGGUCAACGGGUCAUCCAAGUUUGACCCCAGUGUCAAGGAUGACAAGGAUGACACGUGCACUCAGGAGCUGACCCUCCGGUCUGCUGUAGAGCGAGCCAAAGAUUGCUGCAGAAGUUGCCUGACCUUGGACACCCUCAAAAGUCGCUUCCCUAUCAUCUCGUGGCUGCCCAUGUACAGCUUGUUUAACCUACAAUGUGACAUUAUCGCCGGCAUCACCGUGGGUCUGACCCUCAUUCCCCAGGGUCUGGCAUUUUCUGGAAUCGCUGGCCUGCCAACACAGUACGGCCUGUACUCGGGGUUCAUCUGUACAUUCGUGUACACUUUGAUGGGCUCAGCUAAGGACAUCACCAUCGGCCCCAGCGCCAUCACCUCACUGCUCACCGCGUCCUUCGCCACAACCGUGUCCCCUACCCUGCCCAACGGUGAGAAGGACCCGACCCUGCCCAUACUGCUGGCCUUCACCACGGGCCUGGUGUUUACAGCCAUGAGUUUCCUCAAACUUAGCAUCAUCGUCAGCUACAUCUCCUUACCUGUCAUCAACGCUUUCUCCUCGGCCGCCGCCAUCACCAUCGCCGUCAGCCAGCUAAAGAAACUACGAGAGAUCAAGUGGAAAAACGACCCUACCAACCCACCGUCCCUGGCUAUGGCCAUACUACAGAAGUCUAUGUUUAUAGCUGGAGCUAGUUCCACAGCUAUAGUGGUCAUCCUAGCCUCCAUACUCUUCUACAUCCUGGAGAUAAACGGCAUCCACGGCAUCACGCCAACAGGUAAAAUCAAGCCAGGUAUGCCAGACUUCCAGGCUCCAAAGUUUGAAAUCAAUAUCGGUAACACGACGAUGACGUCAUCAGAGGUUUUUGCUAAACUCGGGGCUGGUAUAGGAAUCGUCCCCAUCAUCUGCUUGAUCGAGGCCAUGUCUGUUGGAAAGUAUUUCGCCCGUGUCCACAAAUACAAACUGGACCCCACACAAGAACUGCUGGCCUACGGCGUGGGAAACUUGUUGACGUCAUUCUUCCAAGGCUACCCUGUCACUGGAACUUUCUCCAGAACCGCCAUCAACGCCCAGUGUGGAGUCAAGUCACAGCUCGGCUGUGUCCUCACCGGAAUUAUCGUCAUCAUCUCCUUAUCCUUCCUGACCCCCCUCUUCUACUACAUCCCCAAAUGUGCUCUGGCCGCCGUCAUCAUAGCCGCUGUCUUGGCCAUGGUGGACUUUACCACAAUCAAGAUGAUCUACAAGGCUAACAAGCUUGAACUCUUGCCGUAUGCUAUUACAUUUAUCUGCACACUUGCUAUUGGUAUACAGUUCUCCAGCCAAGAGGGAUUUUUUAUCGUGACCCCCACACACGGACUGACCUUUCCUGGAGCUGAGUUCCUGGAGAUUAAGGCACUGGACAAGGCUCUAAAUGUGGAGAAGCCCCACAUCGUGAUCCUGAACAUGGAGCACAUCUCAAACAUCGAUUUCUCGGCAGCCCAGUCCCUCAGGUCUCUCAUAGUGGAGUGUGAGUUCCAUGGGAUGAAGUUGAUUCUUGCACAGGCACAGAAAAAAGCUCGCCGACAACUCAAGAAGGCGAAGUUGCCGAACUUGACACUUGUUAAAACUUUGCAGGAUGCGUUUGACAAGUUUUCAAAACCUUUGAAAGAUUUUCACGAGCUUGAAGUCCAAGCCCCCACCGAGGAAACAGGUGACGCCUUGAUCAUGAGUCGCUUGUAG